AUGGCGGCGCCCGCGUCGUCCUUGUCUGUUUUAAAAUAUUUCCUUCAGUUAACUACAAGAGAUAUUUUUUCAUUAAAUCGUCGCCUCGAAAACAUUAACAGAGUACCUUUUAGGGGGUUUACCACCGAAGUAGCAAAAGCUACCAGUCUGCUCACUGUUACAGAUCAUCAUUCAGAAUCAUCUCGCUCAGUUGGACCAUUGGAACAUUAUGAAAAUCUAAUUCUAAAAGGAGAACUGAGAGAUGAUGAACAGCAGAGGAAGGUUUUACAGCAGCUUCAGAAGCUGCAGGAAGCCCUUAAAGGUUACAGCUGCAGUUCCACAGGCUUUUUAUCUAAGUUUCUGCAAAAAAAGAAGCCCCCAAAAGGAUUUUAUAUCUAUGGAGAUGUAGGUACAGGAAAAACCAUGGUAAUGGAUAUGUUUUUUUCCCAUGUGGAACUUGAAAGAAAACAGAGAGUGCAUUUCCAUGGCUUCAUGUUGGAUGUGCAUAAAAGAAUCCAUCGUCUUAAACAGAGUUUGCCAAAAAGAAAACAGGGAUUAAUGAACAAAUCUUAUGAUCCAAUAGCUCCAGUUGCAUCAGAAAUUAGUGAACAAGCAAGCUUGCUAUGCUUUGAUGAAUUUCAGGUCACAGAUAUUGCAGAUGCCAUGAUUUUGAAACAACUGUUUGAAAAUUUGUUUCAAAAUGGGGUGGUGGUUGUUGCAACUUCUAACAGACCUCCAGAAGACCUCUAUAAAAAUGGACUUCAGAGGGCCAACUUUGUACCAUUCAUCACAGUGUUGAAGGAAUACUGCACAACCAUGAAGCUGGAUUCCGGAAUUGACUACAGGAGGAGACAAUUACCAGCAGCAGGGAAACUCUACUACCUCACAAGUGAAGCUGAUGUGGAGGCUGUCAUGGAUAAGCUGUUUGAUGAGCUGGCUCAGAAACAAAAUGAUAUAACUCGGCCAAGGAUUCUGAAAGUGCAAGGCAGGAGGCUAAAGUUGAACAAGGCUUGCGGAACCAUUGCAGAUUGCACGUUUCAGGAACUGUGUGAAAGACCUUUAGGAGCAAGUGACUAUUUAGAGAUGUCUAAGUAUUUUGAUACAGUGUUCAUUCGCAACAUACCUCUAAUGACGUUGGCAAAGAAGACGGAAGCCAGGAGGUUUAUCACUCUCAUCGAUGCCUUCUAUGAGCACAAAGUUCGAGUUGUAUGUCUGGCUGAUUCAUCUUUGGACAAUAUAUUUGUUCAGGAACGGCAAGAAGAUAGCAGUGAGGCUCAUCGGAUUUUAAUGGAUGACCUUGGUUUAUCUCAGGAUUCAGCAAGUGGACUUUCAAUCUUUACUGGAGAAGAAGAAAUCUUUGCCUUUUACCGAACAAUUUCUCGCCUUACAGAAAUGCAGACAGAGCAAUACUGGAAUGAUGGGGACAGAAGUAAUAGAUAAUAGUCUGCUUUCUUACCUAGCAUGAAGUGGGAAACAAAGUAGAUAUAUAAAUUUGUGUUGCAAAAAAUAUAUGAGAGUUCUUCAAAAUACCUCCUUGCUUUUUUUGCUCCUUAGGCAAUUUUUGUGAGCAACAAGACUUUUGAUUAAUGUAACCAUUAGUGUGAUUGUUCAGUACCGCGUGCUUACCUUGUGGUCUGUAUGUGGAUCCCAAUGCCCCAGUGCAGUGAUUGGGAUACUUUGCUCGAAAAAUGGUGCUGGCCUUCGAAUGAGAUGUAAAACCAAGGUUCUGACUCUCUGUGGUCAUAAAAGAUUCUUGAGCAUCGUGUCCCUUAGUGUCUUGGCUAAGUAGCCCAUCAUGGCCUCCUCCAUUCUACAAACCGGAUUCCAAAAAAGUUGGGACACUAUACAAAUC